AUGAAGCCGUGUCCAAGACUAAAAAAUUCCGAUGUCAUUGGUGUGAUAUCCGUAAUUGUAAUAUUGGGAUCACUAGGAGUGAGGGUAGCAGAAUGCAGAGUAGCCAGUGGAUUGGGAAACCUUGAAUACACUGCCAUCAAUUGCCGAAAGCAUAGUGCAGUUUUGACAGAUUUUGGUGGGGUUGGUGAUGGCAAAACAAGCAACACCAAGGCCUUUCGAUCUGCAAUAAGCAAACUCAGCCAGUAUGCCUCAGAUGGGGGUUCACAACUUGUUGUGCCACCUGGGAAAUGGCUAACUGGACCCUUCAAUCUCACAAGCCAUUUCACUCUUUUUCUCCAUAAGGAUGCUGUUCUUCUUGCAUCUCAGGAAGAAUCAGAAUGGCCCCAACUUCCUGUACUACCAUCUUAUGGAAGAGGAAGAGAUGCUCCUGAUGGAAGGUUUGGUAGUCUAAUUUUUGGAACCAACCUCACCGAUGUUGUAAUUACAGGUCACAAUGGAACAAUUGAUGGGCAAGGAUCUUAUUGGUGGGACAAGUUCCACAAGAAGGAACUGAAACUCACCAGGCCGUACAUGAUUGAAAUCAUGUACUCUGAUCAAAUCCAGAUAUCAAAUCUCACUUUGAUAAACUCCCCAUCUUGGUUUGUCCAUCCAAUUUACAGCAGUAACAUAAUAAUACAAGGGCUUACCAUUCUUGCACCAGUCGACUCUCCCAACACAGAUGGGAUAGACCCAGAUUCAUGUACAAACACAAGAAUUGAAGACUCCUUCAUUGUCUCCGGUGAUGAUUGUGUUGCAGUAAAAAGUGGUUGGGAUCAGUACGGAAUUAAAUUUGGAAAACCAACCCAACACUUAAUCAUCAGAAGGCUUACUUGUAUAUCCCCUGAUAGUGCUAUGAUUGCUUUAGGCAGUGAAAUGUCUGGUGGAAUUCAAGACGUUAGAGCUGAAGAUAUUACAGCUGUCAACACUCAAUCAGCUGUUAGAAUCAAAACUGCAGUUGGUAGAGGAGCAUAUGUGAAAGACAUUUUUGUGAAGGGAAUGAACCUAAACACCAUGAAAUAUGUAUUUUGGAUGACAGGUGCUUACGGAUCACACCCUGACCCUGGUUUUGAUCCCAAAGCACUUCCUAACAUUACAGGAAUAAACUAUAGAGACGUUGAUGCAAAGAAUGUGACAUAUUCAGCAAGGCUUGAUGGAAUUUCUAAUGACCCUUUUACAGGAAUCUGCAUUUCCAAUGUGACUAUCGAAGUGAGUGAAGAGAAAAAGAAGCCUCAAUGGAAUUGCACUGAUGUUGCUGGAGUUACAAGCAAUGUCAUACCUAAGCCUUGUGAAUUGUUGCCACAAAAGGAAGAGAAAUUCGACUGUUCUUUUCCAACUGACAAACUGCCCAUUGAAAAUGUUCAGUUGAAGACUUGUUCCUUUAGAAGGGUCUACUUCUAA